CGUUUCUGUCAUGUGACUCCGGUGCAGUCAGUUCCUUCUCGGCGCUACAAAUAUCAUCUCCAGCGCAGAGAGAGGGCAGGAACCGGUUCCGCUGUUCGGUUGGGCCCGGGGGAUGUGGCACUGACCCUGCGCUGUCCCCAUUGCUCUGUGUGUGGGAGCGGGAUGGAGUCGGAGCCGCUGCUCGGUGCCUUGGAGAAAAGUUGGAGCGUCAAUCCGAGUUUCGGCUCCAGGGAGGGCAUUGCUAAUGCCAGGAGCGGCUCCUACUCCUCUACGGGCUCCUCUGGGGGGUCUCUCCAUGGGGGCUCCUCCUGCGGGCAUCGCCAUACUGCUGACUUAGAAGAUCUUCAUGUGAAACAGGCAGUUGUUUUUAUUGAAGAUGCAAUACAGUAUCGCUCUAUAGACCAUCGUGUAGACCCAACUUCCCUACAGCUGUACCGCUGGUAUUACUCUGAUAUCUGCCAGUGGAUUCUGAAUGCGGCUAUAUUUGUCAAUUUGGCAUUGGCCUUUAUAGAAAAGCCGUCCUCCCUUUCUGCCACCUCAGACGUGCGUUACCGGGGGGCCAGUUGGCAGCCCCCAUGUGGUUUGACCGAGGGCAUCGAGUUCCUGACUUUCCUGCUAUUUGUAGCUGACGUUUCUGUUAAGAGCUAUUUAGUGGGUUGGAAUGAGUUUGUGAAGAGCAAGUGGUUACUGUGUUACAUCCUGAUGCUGGGCAUUUCCCUCGUGGACUGGACGGUUUCUCUGUGCUUCAUGUGUAAAGAGGGGUUUAGAAUGAGGAGGCUCCUUCGGCCGUUCUUCCUAUUACAGCACUCCUCUUUAAUGAAGAAGACCCUCAAAUGUAUCAAACGCACCUUACCUGAAAUGGGCAGUGUGAUGCUGCUCCUGGCCUUGCAUCUCUUCCUGUUCACCAUGUUUGGGAUGCUGCUGUUCGCUCACACCAAGGAUUCCCAAGUGGACGUGGAAUGGCAGCAGUAUUUCCGCAAUCUGCCGGACUCCCUGACGUCGCUGUUGGUGCUCCUGACUACCGCAAACAAUCCCGAUGUGAUGAUUCCAGCCUAUUCCAUACAUCGAGCGUAUUCUCUCUUCUUCAUUCUAUUCACCAUUAUAGGAAGCCUGAUUCUGAUGAACUUGCUCACAGCCAUUAUAUACAAUCAAUUCAGGGGCUACCUCAUGAAAUCCGUCCAGGCGUCACUGCUAAGGAGAAGAUUGGGCAUCCGGGCUGCAUUCGAAGUCCUGUCCUUCCAAAAAGAUGUCACCCUGCAAAGCACAGAAGAAACGAUUUUUGUGGAUUCUGUGACAUUCCUUAGAGUGUUGGACAAAGUGAAAAUGGACUAUUACUGCAAAACGGCAAUCAGAGAGAAAGCAAAAUCCUUUCAUAACGGGCGCAUCUGUGCCGAUAACUUCCAGAAACUCUUCGAUGAACUCGACAAGGACACAGUCAGACAGCAUCCGCCCGCCCCCACCUAUCGCUCUCCGUGCCUGAAGGUCCUGCAGAGAAUCGGCGGCCAUCGUUACUUAGACUACAUGGGCAACGUGGUCGUCAUCAUGAACCUGGUCUCAGUCUGUGUUGUCCUGGUGAUUGACGCGGAGAAGUCCGGCGGUGAUCGAGAUGACUUUGCUCUAGGGGCCAUCAACUGCUUCUUCAUCCUGUACUACGUGCUAGAGAUGGGCCUCAAAAUGUUCGCUCACGGCCUGAAAGGCUACUUCUCCUUCCCCAGCAACAUAUACGAUGGCCUUCUAACUGUUAUACUCUUGGUUUUGGAGGUGGCCACCUUUUCUUUGUACAGAUUCCCUCAUCCUGGUUGGAAACCCGACAUGCAGGGGGUGCUGUCCCUCUGGGAAAUGGUGCGACUCGUUAACAUGUUCAUCGUUUUCAGGUUCCUGCGCAUUAUCCCCAAUAUAAGGGUGAUGGCCUUGGUGGCUGGCACGGUACUGGAUCUUGUCAAGAAUCUGCGUGCGUUUGCCGGGAUCCUUUUGGUGGUAUACUAUGUGUUUGCUAUCAUUGGCAUCGACCUAUUCAAAGGUGCCAUUCCAGACCCAAACUCAAGCAAUUCCACCAAUAGCACGACCAGUAAUGAGCCUCCGCCCUGCGGCAGCUUCGAGCAGCUGCAAUACUGGCCAAACAACUUUGACGAUUUUGCCGCCGCCCUAGUGACGCUCUGGGAUGUGAUGGUGGUGAAUAACUGGCAGGUUUUCCUCGAUGCCUUUUCCAGAUACACGUCACCGUGGUCAAAGUUGUACUUUGUGGCAUGGUGGCUGCUGUCCUCUGUUAUCUGGAUUAACCUGUUUGUUGCGCUGAUCUUAGAGAAUUUCAUACAUAAGUGGGAUCGGAGCUGCCGGCCCCAUGUUUCCCCAGACCAGGAUGUUGAAUAUCACAUGACCGUGCAGCUUAUGUUCAGGGAAGAUCUAGAAGAGCCAACGGACGAGGAGCUUAUGGACCGACUCCAUCACCACCCCCACCUGCAUCUCUCCAGAUGACCUCCACUUUUUAUGGACUUUUUAACUAGAAGAGCCAACAUUGGAUUUUUGGUUUUUCGAACCAAUCACAUGGCACAUCUUAUUUUUCUAUUUUCGAAGAACCCGAUGCCUCUGGUGACCAUGCCCCGAGACCCCGGAUGUUUUUAUAAGGAAAGAUGUAUUUUUUAUUAUAUAUUUUUUUUAAUCUGCUGCUAAUAGGAGAGAUUUUACAUGCAAAGAAUUGGGAAGAACCAGUAACAUUAUUUUUUUUUUUAUAAUUAACUGUAUUAGAACUGGUCUGCAAUUAUGCAUAGCAUUUAAAGGGGAACUGAUCGUAUUGUCAUGUUUGAAUGAAGCAAAUAAGUAUUGAAUUUUCCUACAUUCACGCAAAAAUAGCAACCAGAUAGCUGAUUGGUUGUUAGAUUUCCCAUCAUUAUCUUUAUCUCUCUCUUCACCUGACAUUCCAACACAUAUCUGCUUACUUAACUGAUACCUGCCCAAAAUGGUAUGAUAGUGAUAGUUUUAGUUAUACAAAGUAAAAAAAUAGAGACCAGGCAAAAUGGCUUCCUACAGUCUGCUGAAAAUGCCAGUGGAAAUUCAUAUAUUUUCAUUU